CAGAGAUAUAUUUGUUGUUCUGUCACCACUGGGCAGUUUAAAAAUAUGUUAAAUUUUUUAAUAAAAAUGGUUUAAAAUAGAAAAUACCAAUAUAAAUAGACAUUAGGUUAUAUAGGAAGUUGCUUUUUUGCCAUAUCAAAUGAAAUCCUUUGCUUAUUCAUUGUAUUGAAUUAAUUUAUACAGUCGAUUUGUAUUUAAGAUGGGUAUAAUAAUAGGGAAGUUUAGAAAAAAUAAAAGUACCUAUGAAGUGCUAGAAAAAUUAGAAAAUGAAAUCAAAUCUAUUGAUGAAUUUAAGAGAAAUACAGAGGAGAGGCAAAAAAGAUUUGUCCGAAGGUUAUUAGUAUUUGGUGGACUUGCUUAUAUUAUAUUUUUAACUACUUUAUAUUUUUAUUUCAAUUUUCUUACAAAUCAGCAAAAGGCAUUAUGUUUGUUUCCACUUCUAGUUUCACCAUUAAUAAUAUGGUUUAUGAAACGUAUAUUAACUUGGUAUUACAACAGGAAAAUUCGUAAAAAUCAGAAUAAGUUGGUUUCUUUAAAUGAGCAAAAAAAGAAAAUGAUAGAUAAUGUUAUGGAAACUGAAACUUACAAAGUUGCAAAAUUAAUUUUGGAUAAAUUUGCUCAAGAACCCAAGAAAAAAAUGGAAAUUGUACCAAGGACUCCAUCAGUAGGAAAUAGUGAAACAGGUCUGAGACAAAGAUACGUGCCCCAAGCUCGUGGUCGUCUAUCGAUGGGCAACCCCAUAACGCCCUUGACUCAUUCGGGAACGCCGAUCCAACCGAGUCGUAUCCAGCAGCAACGGCCAAUGCCGAUGGUAAAAAGCAUGACAAAUGCCACCCAGAUGUCUAUGUCGAUGAUCCCUGGCACCCCUUUGCCUUUGCCAAGGGGCGUAUUGCCACGGGACAGGGGCGUGCUCGACAAGAUGGUCGAUUAUCUGGUCGGAGACGGGCCCUCGAAUAGGUUCGCGCUCAUUUGCAAGGCGUGCAGCAGUCACAAUGGCAUGGCUCUUAAAGAAGAGUUCGAAUUCUUAUCGUUCCGGUGCUGUUACUGCUCGGUGUUCAACCCGGCGCGCAAGAAGAAACCCUCCGCUCCCCAGCUCGAACUAUCCACCAUGGCUCCCAAAGCAAUAGAGAACGUCUCCACGUCGGAAUCGGAGAAAUAUUCCGACAGCGAUUCGGACGAUUCCGUCGAAAAGAAUCCCCCGAUCGUAACGGAACCGCCCGAAGAUGAGUUAGACGCAAAGAAGGAAGAAACUUGCGAGAAGGAGGAAGGUGAGAAGCAUUUAGACUUGGAGGUGAAGGGAUCUGAUACUGAAUCAACUCCAAUGGAUGUCGAUGCAGAAAAGGAAGAAAAGGAUGUAACCAGUGACUCUUAAAUAACAUCAAGACUGACCAAUAAUGUUCAAGUACUAUUAAUUGUAUUAGAAUGAUCGUAAUAAUACCUUAGUAUUUUCUUAUUUAUUUAUUAUGUUUUAUUGUAAAUAAUUUUGUACCAAUGGAUAUUUAUAUUGUCUGUCCAACAUUUUUGAUAUUCUCUAGGCAAAAUAAACUCUAUAAACAACAUAUCAUUUGAUUUCCAGUGUUCUUCAAGUCAAAAUAAUUGUAUAUAAAAACCUGUAUAUAUUGUUGUUUUUCUAAUGUAAAAUUUAUUAAUACAAAAAAAUCAGCCACUUUUUAACAGGUUACGGAUUGUGAUAACAGGAUUGUUCAAUUGUCUUUUUAGGUGCCUUUCCGCAUUUUAUAUAACUCAAUAAAGCUUUUAACAUGCAA